AUUUUUUUUUUUUUUUUUUUUUUUUUGUGUGUGUGUGUGUAACCACGCCUACACAGUGGCUGCCAAGGCUUACCCAUGAGUUAAACCUUCUUUAGUUGGUAAUGAGGAAGGCGUGGGCUCUAGCAGUGGACACCCGAAGGCAGCAGUGGCUGAAAACAAGCAAAAUAAAGAAAAGUUUGGCUGUGAGAAGGUGCUAGACAGUUAGCCAUACCAGGCAGGAAGGUAGAUCACCACAGGGAAGAGAAAUCAACAAGCCCUCUAAAUGUUGAAGAUGAUCCCAACUCCAUCCAAGCAGUGUGUCAGGCUGUCAGUUCAGAGCCAGCUGGUGUCUCUACAGUGGUCAGACUCUUGGCACACAAGAUACAGUCCCCACAGGAACGAGAGGCUCUUCAGGCACUCUCAGUUCUUCAAGCAUGUGUAAACAACUGUGGUUCUACCUUCCAUAAUGAAAUUGGCAAGUUUAAGUUCUUGAAUGAAAUGAUCAAGUUGGUGUCUCCUAAAUACUUGGGGAACCACACCCACCCAGCAGUGAAGGAGCGAGUGGUGGAGCUCCUAUAUAGCUGGACACUUGACCUCAAGGGGGAGACUAAAAUACUUGAGGCUUACAACAUGCUGAAGAAACAGGGCAUUGUGAAGGAAGAUCCAAGGUACCUUGGUGCUCCCAGUAUUCCAGAGCCACGGCCAAGGGCAAAUGCUGUCUUUGAGGAUGAGGAGAAGUCUCGCAUGCUCCAAAAAUUAUUACGAAGCCGGAAUCCUGAAGACCUCCAGAAGGCCAAUGCCCUCAUCAAGUCCAUGGUGAAGGAGGAGGAGCGGCGGAUGGAGCGCUCCAGCAGGCGUAUUGUGGAGGUUGAGACUGCAUUAAACAAUGUACGUGUCCUGGAUGAGAUGCUGUCACGUCAUCAGGAGAGUCCAGCAUCCCAACCUGACCUUGACCUCAUGAUGGAACUCCACUCCUCUUGUGCAUCCCUACGUGCCAACUUGUACCGACUGGUCUCUGAGAUGGAUGAUAAGGAUGAGGGCAUUGGCGACUUGUUGAAGGCCAAUGAUGAGUUGUCACGAGUGAUGGGACGCUAUAAGCUGGUUGUGGAAGGCACCAGAAUAGAGACUUCUGCCAGUGACUCCAGCAGCACUCCCACUUCCACCACAAGCCCUGCAGCCAAUGGACAAGUCUCCUCACAUGAUGAUGGGGAGAUUCUCCUUGACUUGUCCACCCCUGAAGAAGUCCCAGGCAGCCAAGUUUCCACAACUAUAGUCAAUAAAGAUCUGGAAGAAAUAGGACUUGAUAGCAUAACUUUGGCCCCAGUGAACAAGGAAUCCAAUGAAAGCACCAACUCUCUCUUGGAGGACCUUGGGAGCAUCUUUCCAAGUGGCUCUACUUCUCCUCUGCCCCUCAGCACCCCCCUGUCGGGCCUCAUGGCCCCAACCCUUGUCCCUCAAACCUCAGCUAAGGUGGCAGACGCAAAGACAGAGACUGAAAUCAAGGGGCGAUCAGACCCUUUAGGAGAACUGGGGGAGUUUGGUUCAAACCUCAUCAAGCAGAGUCUUCCCCCAAACACUCCAGUCCAGGUGCAUUUUAAGCCUCCAGAGAAACUUAGCAUGAAUCAGAUGAAGCAACAACAACAGCAGUUACAGCAAAGCAGCAUGGGUGCCCCAGCAGCACCAACGAUCACCCCCAGUGUGGCAAGCCUUGCUGCCCCAGCCACACCUGCCACCAGCACAACCACAGCAGGUGCAUCAGGGACAGGUUUGGAUGGUUUGAUGAGCCUGGACUUGCUGAGUGGGGGAGACCUUAGCUGUGAUAACCCCCCACCCACCACCACCACCACAGUAACUGCCACUACCACCAGUACUGUCAACACUGCAGCUUCACUGUUGGAUGACAGGCCUUUUCUGGAUGGGCCCAGUGAAAACAUGAUGGGCUCUCUGUUGCCUAGUGUGAAGCCAGAAGCUCAAAACAAUGUAAAAAGUACUGGAGAGACAAAACCAAAAGUGACUGAAGAAAAGAGUAAAAGUUCAGCCUCAAAUCCUCAGUUUAUGGAGGUGAAGCCAAUGACUGACCUCAAGGUGACACUUGACAGCAUCAAGCCGGGAAAACAAGGCUCGGUAACAGUUUUGGACAGCAAUGAUGUAUCUGUGAUAUUACACUUCACCGAGAACCAGCCCAGGGAGGAUGUGGCAGUGGUUGUGGCCUCAGUGAUGUCUCGCAACAGUCAGCCCAUCACCAACUAUGUGCUGCAGGCUGUGGUUCCCAAGGGUUGUAAGGUGCGGUUACAAGCUCCCUCCUCCACCAGUCUAGCAGCAUACAGCCCAUUCCUACCCCCUCCUGCUAUAACACAAAUUAUGCUCAUUGCUAAUCCAAACAAACUGAAUGUGUCACUGAAGGUGAUGCUAAGCUACACCUUAGAAGACGACCCAGUCACUGAGAUGGGGGAGGUGGAGAGUCUGCCUCUGUGAGUGUUGCUGGAUGUCACCACCAGCCAUUGUGCUUCUCCUUCAGCUUACUCUGCCACUCCCUCAGGUUUCUAAGGGUUUUAGUGAUUGUCAGAUAAAGCUUUGCUGAAGCCUCCAAAAUUACUGUUAUUUUAAACAUUAGUGUUAUAUUUUGCCUGUAAAAUAUACAAAUUCAAAAUAUAUAUCAUCAUCAUCAUCAUCAUCUCCAUUAUCAUUGUCAUCACUGUCAUAAUUAUCAUCAUCAUAAUUAAUGUCAUUUCACGUACUGAGCAAGAUGGGCUGUCCGGGAAAAUCUUAAGAAAUCAACAUCCCCCCAAAAAUAAAAGAAAGAUCUAAUGACAAAGGCUACAUUGUUCCAUAGACGCCAUUCAGUGACAGGCUUUCUAUGCUACAUUCCAUGCAUCCACACAGCCACAUGUAAAUUCACUGGACCAUCUUGACACACCAAGCUCCAAGCAUGGCAUCUAUUGAGUCCCUGCACUUUUCUAAUCCUUUGGCUGCUAAUGACAGUAACCAUAAACUGUUGUACUGGGCAGAAAUAAAGUAAGGCUCUAAAAGAUAUGAACCCCAUCUUCCCUUUGUACUGUCAAGAGGUGUCUUUCGGAACUACUAGACUUGCACCACAAAUUUUCAUAAGGCACACCAGUUAGAGGAUUCAAAUUGAAGAUCUUACAUUAAAAGAUUUAAAAUUUACUUACUGUAUCACAAAGAAAACAUGAAAUAUUUUAUUAUUCUGUUACUGGAGUCCAGUGUUUGGGUCACCACAUGUGUUGUUCUGAACCCAUAGUGAUAAAAAAAAAAAAAAAGAGAGAAAGAAAAAGCUUAGGAAGAAAGACAAAGAUAGUGAAAAGAAGAGUUCAGAUGCAAAUGAGGAAAUGGUCUUUGGUAAUUAUCUAAAAUAUCCCUAUUACUAUUAUUAACAUACAAAAUAGUGUGCUAUAGUGAACAGGAGGCAGAAGUGAAUGGUGAUGGAAGUGAAGGACUGAUAUAAUAGGAUCUUGACUAGAAGGAUGGUGAGCAAGAACCUCAUACCUUGUCACAUGCAUGUACUGCACCUCUAUUGUGAUAGGAAGAGGUCAGUACAAACAGAAAUACGUAUGCCAGCUUCCAGACACUAAUUAACCCAACUUUCAUAAAACAAACCAUGCCAUCACUUGUGUAAAUAGCAGACCAGUCACCAGUGAUGUUAUGUCUGUAUAUCAAAGGUCAUUCUAACCCUUAUGGUGCAAGAAAUGCUUAUGAGGACCACAUGCAUAAACAAAAUGUAUAAUAUCCAAAUGUCAUUAUUUUAUUUAUUCACAAAAAAAUAAAUGAGCUUAUGAAAUCCACCUCAAGCUUUCAGUCUCUUGUUCUGCCCCUUCACCCCUUUAUCAUUCACAGCUUACUCCUGUUUAGCUAAAACACUUAUAUUUGUUCAUGUGUGAAAUUCACAUAGGUGCAUAAAUUCCGUCCACCAACAUCUGCUAAAAAGAAUGCCCAUGUAUAUACUGAUGAUAAACCAAGGGGCAAGAUAUCAAACACCACUUGGCUUGCCCUGUUUUAUCACAGUCAAGCAUGAGAUGCAUUCUAAAUUAGCUUAAUACUCAAUUCAAGGGAGUACUGCUGGUCAUGGAGUAAGCAAGUAACAAAUGGGAUCUCUUGAAGCUGUAGUAGUGUUAUAUAUGGUAAAUGGUCUACUUUGGUUCUGUAUAUGAUUCAAGGUAGUGGAAAAUCUGGUUGUUACACACACACACACACACACACACACACACUGUUGGAGAUUUCUGUACUCAUGCAAAUGAAGAUUGAAAGCUGAAUCUACCUUGUGUUACAUUUAUUGAUAUUAUAUAAAGUAGGUACCCUAAGUGUUCCAGAUAAAUACUGGAGUGACUGAUGAAGCAACCACUAGCUGAGUAGAGCUUCCCAAUGAGGAAAUGGGAAUUUGCCAAAAAUACUCCAGUGUAACAAUUGACAGGUCUCUUAUAUGCUCCUUGGGUGUAUGGAUGAAGACUGAAAGUUACAACAUGAAGCAUGGUUGGGAUUAUCUCCCAUGGCAGCCAAUUAAAAGCUGUAGCCAGAUUCAUGCUACACUAAUCAAUUAGUUGGUGACCUGCUGUGGUGGUGGUGGCAAUACUCCUGCCUUUAGUGGAAAGACUGAGGAAUAGACAAAAGUAUGCGGGAAGUAAAUUAUUCAUGUCUUUUCUCGUAACACUUACACCAGGUGGGGGCAAACUGUUCUCAUCUCACCACAUGUUUGCCACCAUAUCAGGUCAUCCAUCCAACUUCUAUUCACUACCAUACAAUUUAGGCCACUGUCUCCAGGUAGUCAUGCUGAAAUGGAAGCCCAUCCAAUCUUGGUUAUUCUACAUGUCAUUUCUCUCGGGCUGGACUUCAUUCAGACUUAAGAGCAAGGAGCACGUAAAAACGCAGUGGUGUUUGUAAGCAGUCUUAGCAACUCCACCAUUGCAGCCCUGAUUUCUGUUGUCAGUUUGUAGGUGUGUGGGAACCAGUCACAUUUCUCCAACACAUUAUUUGUUUCACAACUCAAGAGCUUUGCCAUACGAGUCAGUUUUGGGGAAUUCAUUAUCCUAAUUCAUAUAUUAAAACAAAAAAUAUGCUGAAUUUAAAAUAGUUGAAUGGAGUGCAGUACUGAACCAAACAAUAUAUUCACCUUUCAUUGAGUGUACUAAUAUAUGUUACAGAUGGUGCAAGAUUGAGUAGCAUCAUAUACUAGACAGUGGCUUUUCAUCAUGUGGCUUGAUUUUCACAACAUAAAAAUUAGGCUGGUCAUUUUCAGCCAAUUUACCAUAAUGCUUUGUGCCAUCAUGUCUAUGAAGCUCACAGAGAAGAGCUACAUGACUCUCAGCCAGGAAUAGGAGACAGGUAAGGAAAAAUGUGAUGCUGGUGUUGAGAAGAAAUAAUACAAUAUCCUAUGACAUCAGUGAGUUAAGAGAAAGGAAAGACUCCAGUCAGUGUGUUUGUUUAGGAGAUCAGUGAUGGAUGAGGCAAAUCGUGUUCACAAGCCUGCCAGGAUCAUAAAGGAACACUCACUGAAUGUCACAUGUCAGAGAAGAUGUGCCAGGUGUCAGUCUGUUCUAUAGUUUCAUUCAUUAUAUAUGCAAAAAGAUUAGGGAAGGCUAUACUAAAACAUUGAUCUCAAAUUUUCUACCUUAAAUUUUGGGAUACCUUUAUUAGCAUUGAUCUUAGACAAAUUUCUUUUAUUUCAGAAAAUGUAGAAUUAUCCUGAUUUAUUUUUAUCAUACUUUGAGAUGCAUUUUCACUAUUUAAUAACUGUCCAAAUGCUGCUGUUGAUAUGUUUUCUUGAAUAUUCUUUUGAAUCUCAUUAGUUACACUGUAUUUACACUGUAUUGGAUAGUACUGGAUAUAGUGUGUGGUGGUGCUAUAAGCCACCCACAGUGCAAGUUAAGAAUCCUUUAGCCAGAAUAUAAAUGUUCAGGUUUUGAGAGCUGAUGUAAUCUAUUACUUAUCCAUAUUUUCACACCAGUAUGGCAAAAAAAACAGUACGGUAAUAUUCUCUAUUCCAUCCCAUGUGAAGAGAGACAGCCAAGACAAAAUGCCAUUGUUAUACACACACAAGCAUUCCCUCACAGCUCUGUAAUAUUAUCAGAAAUAUCAAAAUAAAUGUAUCAUAUAUUUCCUGUUUGUAGAGUGCUGCAUUUACCAUACUGUACUGAACUAAACUGUAAAAGUCACCUGCAGGUUGUACAAGUGUGUGCCUGUUUUCCCUUCCAGUAACCAGUCCUUGUCUCCAAGAGAGGUUACUGAUAAGCAUACAGAUGCAUCUCCUUAAUUUUCCCUUCACUCAUAUUGAGCAAACUUCAUACAAGGGAACCUUGUCUUAAGACAUCCAAGAACCAGGCUGCCUUUGUAUUCUGGCCCUGAGCAUUUCAAUAAAGAAUUCUUAACUUGUUAAUACAGAAUUAAAAUUUUGAGUUUUUUUCUCUUUGUUUUAGUAUUGGGUAUUAAAUGUACAGACUGAUUAUUGGUUUAUAAAUAUUUCAAAUUGCUGAUUACUUCAUAUGACAAGCAGAGGACUGCCAAGGGUGGAUGGCCAGUACAUUCAAACACCAAAGCUUCAUAUUAGGAGUGCCUCCACAUUAGCAGUAUUAAAACUGCAUAUCUCUAAAUACUGCAUUAUAUAAUAUAUCAUUUGAUUUUAUUAUGGGUUGGCGCAUAUCUCUGCAGAUCAUACAAUAACCUUCAAGCAUAAGUUGUGGUUGCAGCAAUUCUAAGGAAAAGAAAUUGUACCAUCACCCUUCUCCAACUGAUUGUAACCUUAUAUUUCUUGAUAGACAGGAAUGUUACAAAAAGGAUAAUGCCAGAUUAACAUGACAUAUUCAUUGUGUGAAAAAUGUCAGGAAAAUUUGUAAAAUCACAAGCAUUUAGUCUUUAUAGCUUUGCCAGGGUUUUGUAGAGCAGAUUAGACCUCAUUCUAUAUCACUUUGUUUCUUCACUGCUAGAAAGCUCUAAUAUGACAUUGUCUUAGCAAUGUCAUCACCACCACUAGCAAUCACAUGUUGCUGUCCUUGGUCUGGGAUGUUGUCUUAAUGCCAAGGAAGAAUGAGGUACUAAAAUCUCUUUUGUCCCUGUAGACAGUUACUAGGAUGCUCAUAGUUGAUACUGCCUAUAUAUGAAAUAAGGUCUAUGAAAUGGCUGUGGCUUUCUUAGCUUUCUAUAUAGAGUGUAAAGUGUGUGAUGGGAGUUGUCUAAGGACUUAGAGAGAAAGGAUGCUUUUUUUUUUUCAGGAAUAUUCUAGUUUAUAUGGGAUUAAUUCUGAACAAGUAUUUCCUGUAAUGCACUAAUAUACAAACCAAAGCUAGAGUUAAUGAUUUUGUUUUUAACGUUUUAGAAAAUAUGAUACUGGUCAUGCAACUCCCAUUUGUGAACUACAUUCCAUGAAGUGUAUGGGUUAAUCUAAAAAAAAGAAAAGGCUCGAGAAACAUAACCAAAUAGAUAUCCUGGAACUGUCUUUAUGUCUGUUUUAUGUGUAAUGUUAUGAAUGAGUGACUUGAAUAAUAAGCAUACGGCUUUAUGUAUAGAAAAAACACUGGACACUUUAAUAAAAUACAACAAAAUCAGUUUUAAAAGUUGCUAGAUUACAUAUUAUUCAUUCAUUACCACUUUAAAUGGUUAUAGAUAUUGAAAUAAAACACACGAAAAUCCAUUUCUGUUAGGAAGAAAAUGGAAAUGUUAUAAAAGUAUACAACACUGUUCUUCAGUGCUGUUAGUAUUUAUAAAUAAUGCAUAGUGAUAACAUAUGCCUUCCUCAAAAUGUGUAGCUAAGGUGUUAUGGAGUUCAUUUGACUCAGGCAAAGUUAUAUCUUUAUAAGCAUAUACACAACACUGCACAUUUGUUUUAUUAGCUAAAUAUUUAUAUAAAACAUGUCAAUGAAUUCUCUAAAUGGUGCCAGACAGAUGUGAAUAUUUACAUCAAUCAUAAUAGUUAAUCAUAAUGUAUCAGUUGUUGUUAUUGGAUGUUACCAGCAGAGAAACAAAUACAUGUGUGUGCAGUCCAGAAGAAAAUACCUUGGUGAGGAGAUCUGAAGGCAAUCAGAGUAACUAUUAGGUAAGGUUCCAGAAACAUCAGAAGGGUCAGUACACUGAGACUAGUGUGUUUUGUGAACACUUAUUAUUAAUAUUAUUAUAAUUAUUAUUAUUAUUAUUGUUAUGUGAAGAUGCUUAUAAAACAACUGUAAGAUAAAAAAAACAAUAAAUUACACACUGACU